GCCACCGCGACCACGCCGAGUCGUCCUCGUCUCUCGACUCUCGUACCCCCUCCCGCUGCCCCUCCCCCUCGGCCAGCCAGCACACGACGACGAGACGAGACGAGACCUAGGGGAGCCGCGAGCCAGGUGGUCCGAAGCGAGCGAGCUAGGGUUUGCUCGAUCCAAUCUCCACCCACCCACCACCAGGUUCUGCCUUUUGAGGCCAUCAAACCUGGCCAACUGUCAUGGACCUGGUGGGAUCACUGCUGAUAAACAUGACCCGCUGGGUUGACCCUUCUGGGGUUGAAUUCUUCGGGUGGCUCAUCACUGCCGGUUCCUUUGGCCUGGCGGCGCUCAUCUACGGUCUCCUCAGGCUGCAGAGGGAGGCGUCGCUCUACUGGCUCAAGGCGGCCGCCAGGGAGAAGAAGGCAGCGUCGAAGGUGCUACGGUGCCCCUGCUCAAGCCAUACCUGGACCGAGGACUGCUUCCGUGGUGGCCAACCUUCGACGUGCUGUGUGUGCCUGUCGUCGCUGGCCUUGCCUCAGGGUGUAGGCUUGAGGGCCCUUGACGCUGAUGUUGUUUACCGGUGCUCUGUGUGCGGAGUGGCGGCUCAUUGGUACUGCUCGCAGGGCGCUGACAAGGACUGCAAGUGUGUCACGCAGGCUGGUGCUUCCACUUUGCUGCAUCACUGGUCGGAGAGGUGGGUGGAGAUGGACGAUAACCCGGCGAUAACAACCUUCUGUUAUUACUGCGAUGAGCCCUGUGGUGUGCCAUUCCUUGGCGUCUCUCCUAUAUGGCGCUGUCUGUGGUGCCAGAGGCAGAUCCAUGUUGAUUGUCAUGCAAAGCUGUUGAAGGAGACGGGGAACACUUGUGAUCUUGGCCUGCUCAGUAGACUUAUUGUUCCACCUCUAUCGGUGAAACAAGUUGGCCAAGGUCCGGCAACCAGUGGAGCGUUCAACUCAAUCAAAGAAGGGUUUGUCACUUCUUCAGUUAGGGGUCGGAUUAGAAGGCCACGCAGCAAGAAACGCAUGAACAAUCAGUCUGGCAUUAAGACAACUGCGAUUUCCACAGACAGUUCAAUUCUCGACUCCGUUCUUGAAGGAUUUGCUAGACUGCAGAACCUGAAUGGAAAGUAUACUCUGGCAAACCCCAAGUUCUCUGGAAACACUCUCAAGCAAACAUGUGGAUCUGACAUUACUAAUGGAGAGGAAAAGAAGUAUGAGCUUGUAGAUUUGCCACAAGAUUCGAGGCCGCUGCUUGUUUUCAUCAACGGCAAGAGUGGUGGCCGUAACGGGUCUUCUCUUAGAAGAAGAAUGAACAUGCUGCUGAAUCCCAUACAGAUAUUUGAGCUUAGCGCUUCUCAGGGUCCUGAAGUUGGAUUGCAACUAUUCCAGAACGUAAAACACUUCAGAAUUCUUGUUUGUGGUGGGGAUGGAACUGUGGCAUGGGUUCUUGAUGCCAUAGAGAAACAGAACUAUGAAUCCCCUCCCCCGGUUGCCAUUCUUCCACUAGGAACAGGAAAUGACCUAUCGCGUGUUACCCGCUGGGGUGGAGGUUUGUCUUCUGUUGAAGGACAAGGGGGAAUAUGUGCACUUUUAAAUGACGUUGAUCACGCAGCAGUUAUGGUUCUUGAUCGCUGGAAUGUAACCAUCAAAGAGAAGAAUGGGCCACAAGGUCAAUGCAUCAAGCAAGUGAAAUUUAUGACUAAUUAUCUAGGUAUUGGAUGUGAUGCCAAGGUUGCAUAUGAUUUCCACACAACUAGGGAGGAAAGGCCAGAUAAAUUUAGCAGUCAGUUUGUGAACAAGCUGAUAUAUGCUAGAGAAGGCGCUAAGGAUAUGAUGGAUAGGUCAUGUUCUGAUUUACCAUUUCAUGUUAGCCUUGAAGUUGAUGGAAAGAACAUUGAAAUUCCAGAGGAUGCAGAAGGUGUGAUCAUUCUGAAUAUCGCUAGCUACAUGGGUGGUGUUGAUCUUUGGCAAAACGACAAUGAUUAUGAUGAUGAUUUCAGUUCACAAUCAAUGCAUGACAAAAUGCUGGAGGUGGUCUGUAUAUCUGGGACAUGGCAUCUAGGCAAACUGCAGGUAGGACUAUCGAGAGCACACCGACUAGCCCAAGGAAGAGUCAUAAGAUUUCACCUGCACAGUUCAUUCCCUGUUCAGGUUGAUGGUGAACCAUGGAUUCAGCCACCUGGGUGCCUUGAGAUAUCUCACCGUGGACAGAUGUUCAUGUUGAGGAGGCCAUCUGAAGAGCUCACUGGGCAUGCUGCGGCAGUCAUGAGUGACGUCCUCGUGAACGCUGAGUGCAAUGGUGUUAUUGACGCUGCUCAGAAGAGAUUGCUCCUCCACGAGAUAGCACUCCGUUUAUCCUCCUGACAGUCCAUACUACCCUCUCCACUCAGAAACCUAACACUGUUGAUACCAAACCCUUUUGUGUUGAGAAGUCCCUUUUGCACAGUUGAAAAGGCAUGUGGUAGAUGUUGAUGUAUACAACGAGGGAAUGGAAGGUUUCCCACGCUUAUGGUUGGCUGUACCUUUUCCGGAUUUAGAUAGGUUGGUUGCUUCUUUGCUGGCUGGGGUGCCAGUUGAAGUGGCUAUCAAGGUGAGAAAGAUCCCAAGAGAAUUUUGUAGAGACCUUAGAGCACCCUAAUUGCAUGUAGGGCUUUUGUAACUGGAGUGUGUGUUACAGUAGGCAUAGCUUUGGGGCCAGUGUCUAAAACUUUGUGUUGUUCUGUUGAAGAAACUCAUGGUGAUAAUCCUGCUGAUUCUGUUCUUGAUGUA